AUGGCCCAAGACCCAAAAAGUCUCCAAAUAAGUUCUUUGCUGUCUCAGAACCCUUCUACAGUUGUUGUAGUAGAUGGCCAGAUUUACGAAAUACCUUUAAACGCAGAAGAAAGCACUUUCUUACUCGUCAACUUACCUGCUGAGUUCCCAGAAGAGCCUCCCGUGAUAACAGUGUCGCCUACAGGUAUGCGACACCCUUGGAUAGAAGGCGACGUAGUUAUGCACGACGCUUUGCCUAGUUGGAGCCAACAAUCCAAUUUAGGUCUUCUGGUAAAAGAAAUACGUGACGAAUUCUCACAAAGACCACCAGCAAAAAAGAAUUUAAAUGAUACCUCUCCUCAACAAUUACCACCAAAGCCUGAAGAAGGAUAUCGCUCCCGUCCUCCUCCCCCUAUACCUACAGCCUCUAUUUCAACACCAACAGCAAUAGCAACAGUAGUAAAUCCAGAAUAUAAUGCUAUCUCUAAAUUAAGCCAAGAAGACAUGGAAGAAUUGCUUCAAAACGAAACUGCUUUUGAGAUCUUUUUCCAUUCAUUGGAAAGGAUUAAAAACCUCAAAAAUUUUCAAGAGGAUUUGAGAAACGGCAAUGAACAACUUGCACAUAAAAACCUAAGUCGAGAAGAUCAAUUAUUAAAACUAAAAUCAGAAGUUGAAGUAUUGGACAAUCAAUACAAAUUAUCCAAACUCGAAUUCGAACAAAAAGAAAAACUGCAGCAGGAAGCCUUUAAUAGAUUUUCUUCUGCUACUGUAUUGACAAGAUUAAAAGCAAGUGUGUAUGAAUCAGACGAGCUAUCAGAAUCAGUAGCACAAAGCUUUUUGGAUGGAAAUUUGGACAAUGACAGUUUUGUAAAGCAGUUUAGAGAGUUUCGUAAAGUAUACCAUUUACGAGCAAGCAAGCUGGAAAGAGCUCAAAAGGACAGUUUGUUUGUUUCAUAA